CUUUGGAGAUGCGGAACCAAGUUCCAUCCUGAAGUCCAUCAGGCAACCAAACAACCUCUAUUUUCCACGCACCAACCAUCCGUCUGGUACGAAAUACUCGCAAGCAGCCAAGCCUCAACAAUUUAUCAAAAUGUCGGACUUUGAGGACGAGAUGGAGAUUGAUGCUCCUUCCAAGGACAUUGCCUUCUCCGACAACGCCGCCAAGGGCAAACGAAGUGCAGCCAACCUCCCAGUCGAAGCCGAAGACUCCCUGCCAUGGGUUGAGAAGUACCGACCCUCAACACUUGACGACGUGUCAGGCCACCAAGACAUCCUCGCGACCAUCAACAAAUUUGUUGAUACCAACCGACUGCCCCACUUGCUUCUUUACGGGCCGCCUGGGACCGGCAAGACCUCGACGAUAUUGGCGCUUGCGCGACGCAUCUAUGGUGAACAAAACGUGCGCCAGAUGGUGUUGGAACUCAAUGCCUCAGAUGACAGAGGUAUCGAUGUCGUGCGCGAGCAGAUCAAGACGUUCGCAUCUACAAAGCAAAUAUUCACAAUCGGAGGUGGAUCGCGACCGGGAGGCAUGGCAACCUACAAGCUCAUUAUCCUAGAUGAAGCCGAUGCCAUGACAAAUACCGCGCAGAUGGCGCUGCGGAGGAUCAUGGAGAAGUACACAGCAAACACGCGGUUCUGCAUCAUUGCAAACUAUUCUCACAAACUGUCCCCGGCGCUGCUCUCUCGGUGCACACGAUUCCGAUUCAGUCCAUUGAAGGAGGAUGAUAUCAGGGUCUUGGUCGACAAAGUUGUCAUGGAGGAGGACGUCAAGAUCUCUGCUGAAGCAACAGACUCUCUGGUCAAGCUGAGCAAGGGUGAUAUGCGGAGGGCGCUUAACGUGCUCCAGGCGUGCCACGCGUCAAGCACGCCCCUGCAACCAAGAGACGGCCCCAAGGUGGCCGAGAAGGACAUAAUCCGAGACAACAUCACGACAGAGACCAUUUACAACUGUAUCGCAGCACCCCCCCCUGAAGCCAUUGAGAAGAUUACACAGACACUACUCACGACCAAUGAUGUGACCACGUGUCUGUCGACCAUCAAUACUCUCAAAGUUGCCAACGGAUUGGCACUGGCGGAUAUCAUUACUGCCUUGUCAGAACAGCUCGUCACCAUGGAGGUGAAGCCCGAGGCCAUGAUUAGGUGGCUUGAUGGCCUUGCUGAGAUUGAGUACAGAGUGGCUGGUGGCGGAAACGAGGCUAUCCAGACCGGCGCUGUGGUUGGAGUUGUGAGGGAGGGCUGUGAGUUAACUGUAUAAAGCUAUCAGGGCACAACGAUGCAGUACUGGUUCUUGCCGUUGGCAUGAAUAAGCUAAGUUAUGGGAGCAAUGAAAUUCGGGAUGAUACCCUUGGUUGGUUGGCCUUUUGGAGGGCAGUGUUUGCCCAAGGUACGUGGUUGCCGAUGGGUACGAAUGAACAUUUAAAGGCUAUAAUCUUCAUAGACUUUCAGAGCUAAGAAGUGUCAGAACUUUCUAGCAAGGCUUACAAUUUAGGUUUGUAGAUGGAUCGCUUCUUAUCUAACUGCGGUUGCUGCGUACGCAAGCUGCGGGUAAGCCGCCGUGUUAGAUGUUGGCACAGGAUGUGUUCACGAGCUCAUCAGCGCAUUUCCAAAAGAUAAAUAGCAUAAAAAGCUCCAAUAAAUGAAGUCUGAAUGUG